AUGCGUUCUGCUCGUCAAACAAUGAGCCUUGCUCGCUCCUUGUCCCGGGCACAACGUAGAACUCUGCACCAGACGGGAGUCCGGUAUGCUAUCACCAACCUUGAGAUGCCAGCCAUGUCGCCGACUAUGACAGAAGGCGGCAUUGCCUCGUGGAAGAAGAGAGAAGGCGAAUCUUUCACUGCAGGAGACGUCUUGCUAGAGAUUGAAACGGACAAGGCAACUAUUGACGUCGAGGCACAGGAUGAUGGUAUCUUGGGAAAAAUUAUCGCCCCAGACGGUAGCAAGAACGUUCAGGUUGGCAAAGUAAUUGCCAUCCUUGCUGAGGAAGGGGAUAACAUCUCAAACUUAGAGGCACCAAAAGAGGAGUCAAAGCUAGCGCCUCCCCCUCCAAAAACAGAGACUCAGGCAGCUCCACCCCCGGCACCGACACCUCAACCUACAACUCCCAAAGCGUCACACCACCCGAAGCACUCGAAACACCUGCUGCCCUCCGUGAUACGUCUCCUGAUCGAAGGCAACGUUGCUGAUGCAGAAGUUAUCCCGGGAACGGGUGUUCGUGGCAUGCUCACCAAGGGUGAUGUUCUUGCAUACCUCGGCAGAGCAUCGAGUCCAAUGGGAACAUUCAAGGAAGCGAAGAAGGAGGUGCCGGUGCCGAAAAAGGUUGGGGAAGCUAAGCCACUGGACGGUGCUGCUAUCCGCCAACUUAUUCUUUCUGGCUUUGCCGCUAAGAUGAAGCCUGCACCUGCACCCAAAACACCAGUAACCUUCGACGCCAUCAUCGCUGACUACCUCCCUCCUUCACCCUCUUCACCAAAGGCUGCACUCGUGCCCACGUCAUCGACGAAUGUACAAGACAGCACUACCAAGUACUUCGAUGGGCUAUUCUAA